CGGUGCCCAGGAGGCCCCUGGGUGAGGUGCGGGAACGUGAGCGAGAGUUCCGGCCGGAGGCCCGAGCUGAGGGCCGGCGCCUUCAUCAUGGCCUCGGCCCAGCUGGACUACACCAUCGAGAUCCCGGAUCAGCCCUGCCGGAGCCAGGGAAUGUUAUGGAAAGCUUGGGCUCUGGGAAGAGGCAGUGUGUCCAGGGUGUCCGUAUUCUGAGUUUCUUCAUGGAGUUGUGUAUCUGGUGAAGAGUCAUUUCUGCCUGAGUUGGUGAAGCCAAGGGUGCCGGCAAAACCUUCAGUGGAGCAAAGUGGAGUUAUAGAGCCCAGCUGUGGGGUGAGGGGCAGCUCCGAGGCCCGGCAGAAGUGUCUGAACCUUCCUGGACUGGGAAUGCCCCACCACUGCUGAGAACAGCCCCAACCAAGGCGGGAAGGAGGCGGGGACUCGACAGCCUUUGGUGAUUCUCUUGGGCUGGGGUGGCUGCACAGACAAGAACCUGGCCAAAUACAGCGCCAUCUACCACAAAAGGGGCUGACCAUGAACCCUCACGUUUCCAGAGUAGAAGGGCCUCUUGGAAGAGAGAUUCAGGACUGCGGUUUCCUUGCUUCAUCUCAGGAUGCACCAAGAGUUGGCUGCAUCGUGAUCCGAUACACAGCCCCCUGGCACAUGGUCUUCUUCUCCGAGUCCCUGGGCAUCCCUUCACUUCGUGUCUUGGCCCAGAAGCUGCUUGAGCUGCUCUUUGAUUACGAGGUUGAGAAGGAGCCCCUGCUCUUCCACGUCUUCAGCAACGCCGGCGUCAUGCUGUACCGAUACGUGCUGGAGCUCCUGCAGACCCACCGGCGCUUCUGCCACCUGCGUGUGGUGGGCACCAUCUUUGACAGUGGUCCUGGCGAUGGCAACCUGCUGGGGGCUCUGAGGGCACUGGCAGCCAUCCUGGAGCCCCGGCCUGCCGCGCUGCGCCUGCUGCUCCUGAUGGCCUUUGCCCUGGUGGCAGUCCUGUUCCACGUCCUGCUGGCGCCACUCACCUCCCUCUUCCACACCCACUUCUAUGACAGGCUGCUCGAUGCAGCCUCUCGCUGGCCCGAGCUCUACCUCUACUCCAGGGCCGACGAGGUGGUCCUGGCCAGGGACGUGGAGCGCAUGGUGGAGGCACGCCUGGCGCACCGGGUCCUGGUGCACUCUGUGGACUUCGAGUCAUCUGCACACGUCAGCCAUCUCCGCGACUACCCUACUUACUACACGAGCCUCUGUGUCAACUUCAUGCGCAGCUGCGUCCAGUGCUGAGGUCCUUGCCCUACCCACCUCACCUCUGCUCCAGAAAUAAAUGCCUGACACCUCCCCAUAACCUACAUCCAUGGGUGGGGUCCUCUUCUAGUUCAACUCCCUGCAGCCCUCUGGGACUUUAUGGUUCUCCAGGUAGAGAAUUUCCAUGGGCCUCUGUCCUGGGGACUGUGGUGGUUUGCUUAUCCCAGGAUUCUAGGGGCAGGAGUGGCUGCGCAGGUCUCUGCAGAAGCCUAGCAGUGGUUGUGUUUGGAUAAGUGCAACAGUCAGGCUGCUGACUCCUGUGGCAUUUAGGCCGUGAAGGGUUAAUAAAGCUGGGGGUGGGGGGUAGGGGUGAGGACGAGCCCCAGCAUUGAUCUCUGAUUCCUUGAAUAGAAGGUGAGCUUCGCAGGGAGGUGCCAGAGGGUAGGGGCAGGCUGGGGCAGGGGCUGUGAUCUGUGCUCCCAGGUCCCGGAAGGGCAGAGCCCCACAGCAUGGAGUGCCGUCCCUGUGGGUCCCAUUUGGCAGUUCACUCAGGCUUCUCACUGCCAGGGAGUCUGAUGUGGAAGCCAGAUGGGGAGCUGAGGAUACACAGGUGGGGGGCCUGUCCAGGUGUACCACACUUUGCCAGGAAGCCGCUAGAUCCAGAAAAGUUGCAAGAUGUGUGUGUAAUGGGAAGAUGGAGUGGGGAGCAGGAAGACAGCAGCACCAGAUGGGAGCUGGGACAAGCUGAGUCAGGAGCCCUAAAGACCAGAACCAGAACCACUGGUCUGAAAAAAACUCCUUCAUCUCCUUGAGGGAGACCCACUUGGAUCCUCCGUAGGCAGAAGCAGUGGCUUCAGCCUUAGAGUCCUGUAUCAUCUAUCAUUCUACAAGUCACUGCUGCACAAUGCUGGCACAUAGCUGGCAUUCAAUAAAUGUUUGUUGAUUUAA